AUGACGGACUAUGAAAACGUAGCAUCAAGAUUGCAGUUUUUAAAGGAUUCUGUGAGCCAGUUCAUCAGGUUCAAAGCUGUACCUCAGACUAGAGUUGGUCUUGUUAUUUUUGCUGAUGAUGUACUGAUCAGUAAGGAACUUCAGCUUCUCAACACUGAUGAUAACCGCAACUCACUAAUACAAACUAUUCUGCUGAAUUUUUCCAACAAACAGAAAAAGAAUCUACUUCCAGGAAUUUUACAAGCAGUGAAGAUACUAGGAAAUGAAAAAGGUGUAAUUGUACUUGUGACCGAGAACCUAGAAGCCUAUCAGCCAUCUCCAAGUCUCAUAGAUGCAGCACAGGGGUAUCAAGUAUGGCCCAUCCUGUACCCCCAUGAUGACAAUAUUCCCAUACAAGUUUACCAGGACUUGGCUGACAUUGUACCUGGAACCCCUGUACUCACUGCCAGUAACAUCAUAGAUACGGUUAUGAUUUUAGGUAACCUCAACAGUUAUCAGUCUGUAGACAGUUAUGCAGCUCUCUCUGAAAAUUUACUCAAAGUUGGAGGAAACUCGCUUGAAAAAGUAGCAGAUGGUACAUGCUCUGAAAAAGUAUGUUCAGUGACACUGGCUGUAAAUGAUGGCAUUCAAUAUGAGUCAAAUGCUUUUAUUGAAGUUCUUUAUAGCAUGGUUGAAGUCAUGCUUGUACCUUCACCAAGCAUUAAUAUCAGUGCUUCUAGUUACAGUGAAAAUUUAAUAAAAUUUGAGCUACCGAUACUGACAAGUAAAAUGUUUGCAGUCGAGCACCCUCAGAAUACCAGUUAUACAGUGGACAUACAACGAAAAACUGAUGUAACUCUUGUGAAAGCCAUGCUGUUAGCCACACCAGUUAAUGUGUUCAACAUAUUGGUGUGGUCAUCUCAGGGUUUGACUAACCUCUACUACACCACAAGCUCUGUCCCCACACUGUUUGCAAUGGUAAUGAAAGGGUGGCAUCAUGUCCUGUAUGCUGACGUGACUGCUAUAAUCACCAGUAAAACUGGGGAAAUGAUUCUUAAGCUGCAUGACGAUGGAGUUGGAGGUGAUGUAACUGGUAAUGACGGAGUGUACUCAGCCUACAUGGUACAGUUUUAUCCACCAGAUAAUGUCACAAUCAUGGUUACAGCAACUGACAAUAAUGGUACAGCACGUAUAUUGGCUUCAGCAACUGAUAAUGGUACAGCACAUGCCUUGGUUUCUGCAUUUCAUUCUUCUCCAGGCACAGAAGAACAAGCUUGUUGUGGAAGUCAGUUGAUCAUCCCAGAUGAGCUACUGGAGAACCCAGGAUCAUUCUCUGUGUCCUCACCAAGUAUCAUAGGCUACCUUACCGGAGAUCCACCAGAUUCACUGCUUCCUGCUCAAAUCACGGAUCUCAGGUCAUUGCGAGAUAACCAGAAUGUAACGCUCAUGUUUACAGCCCCAGGUGACCAGUUGGAUCUAGGCACAGACCAAGACAUUAAUUUGUCCAAAUCCUCCUGGAGUUCAUUGCUAUCCUCCUCAGAGUGAAUUAUACGGCCUAGGUUGGUAGACAGCAACCACCCAGUGAGGUACUACCGUCCUGCCAAGUGAGUGUAAAACGAAAGCCUG